UGUCGGCGUGCUUUAAACGACCGUAACCAUGACUACGCUGGAGCACAUCUCCGGCACCAGCGAGACUGCGUCGUGAAUCGCGGGUAUCCGUCGCGCCAACGCUACGAGCUCUGAGAACGGAAAAGAAAGAACAACAAAGUCAACACACCCUGCCUGGGACUCGCGGUUGUUUCCACGGUGCAUCCUCCCGUGUUGUUGUCGCGCGUAUUAUCGCUUUGGCGCGAUCGACAUAUACUCGCCUACUCCGCCUUUUGUUUACGGGCGGAGAGUUUUGUUCUGUAACGCAGCCAUAAUUCGGGUCAUCGUAAAAUUUCGUUCGCGAUUCAAUUAUUGAAGUACGUUUCGCGGGGUUUCUCGUCCAAGUCUCCGUCGAACCGGAAGUUGGAUAUACCUCCGCCACUCAAAUUGUGACUGGGAUUAUGGUGGGAAGUCCUUUUGACCGGCGACGCUUCAACCACUGACUGAGAUCUCCCGCUUGGCCAUCAUCGUUCGACUGUUUCGAAAACAAACGAACAAAAACGGAGUAAACGCGUUGAAUUCGGUGGAUAAAAGAAAAUAUUGUGACCCCGGUGUUUUUAUUCAAUAAAUUAUCGUGCUUGCUGUAGAAGUUCCGCCCGACUAACUAUCGUUCUCGCGUGUAUCGUGGCCCGAAAUUAUCGUGUUAAAAGUGGUAUCGGAAAAGUUGCGAUACUAAAAAAAAAUGGACAGCAAUUCGGUAUCACCGAUGCCAGAAUGUAAUUCGCAAGCGCCUAUUGCGGAAUUCGACAAGACUCCCCCAACUCCUCCGGAAGAUACUUUGCCGAUGGAAGAUUUGCCUCCUCCGCCCACUACUGUCACUGUCCAGGAAGAGAAAGAGAAGGAAGCGGAGGCCGAAGCCCAUCGGCAUUAUGAAGAUGACAACGAAUGGAGCUGUGGUAGUUGGCUCGAAUAUACAGUGGUUGUGGUAUUGGCCAGUAUCCUCCUUCUCGGUUCACUUGGGCUUACACUGUUUUGGGUAAUACAGUACCGACAGGGUUUCGCAUGGAGAGACGAUCCUGUCAAGCAAUUUAACUUGCAUCCCGUGUUGAUGGUGGCCGGUUUCAUCACGUUCAGUGGAUUUUCUGUGCUGCUCUACAGGAUAUGCAGGUGCUGCAGGCGGAUUUACGUAAAACUUCUUCACACAGUCUUCCAUGCGUUGGCAAUACCGUGUGUAGCAAUCGGUUUUUUGGCAGUUUUAGACUCACAUAAUCUGAAACAGCCUCCGAUUCCUAACUUCUAUUCUCUGCACAGCUGGAUCGGACUGGUCACCAUGGGACUGUUCGCUAUACAGUUCGUCGUUGGAUUUUUUAGCUUUCUGAUUCUGCUGUGUUGCGAAGGAGCUACGGCCGGUUUCAGGGCAGCUUUGGUGCCCAUUCACGCUUCAUUCGGGCUUACAACCUUUAUGCUGGCAAUUGCGGCUUGCGUGUCCGGUCUUACGGAAAAAGCACUUUUCACGUUAGGGGCCCAGUACUCGACAUUUAACGACGAAGCCAUAGUGAUCAACACGAUAGGAGUUAGCCUAGUGGCACUCGCCAUUGUGGUGGGGUACAUUCUGCAGAGGGACGAAUUUAGAUUUAGAGCGCACAUCCUGAUUCGAUCAGGCGAUCUCUAAAAGGGACGCGUAUAAAAAUACCUUCGUGUUCAUUAGCGUCUCGAUGAUACAAUUUUUUAUUUUAUACAUUUUGUUUUUUGAUGUUGCCAAGAUAUGCGGACAUAUUUAUUUAGAUGACAGUCAAUUUCACGGCGUAGAGGUUGUUGUCGACAGCACAAACGUCAAAGUACAAUGUAAUUGUCUCGACAUAUUUUAUUUGUGCGGGAGAUUGUAGGCGAAAAUUCGAAAUGUUAUUAUAUUUAUCGUUUUCGAAUUAUGUCAUGAUAUUCAUGUAAUUUAAUUGUAAUACAACGCAUGGGCAGACCAUUAUAAAAGCAGGUGCCAAAUAACGUGAAGCUGCAAAAAAUCAUCUAAACUUAAACUGAAAAAAAAAUGGGAUCCGUAUUUUAAAAUAUCCUUCCUAGGUCAAAUCAUCAUGUUGUUGAUUGUAAAAAAUAAUCAAAUAUCCAGUAUUAUUUUUUCCUAAAACCGAUUUAUAGGUAUUUAACAAAUUUGGAAGAUUUUUAUGUUUCAGCCUAUGAAAUGAGCAUCAAUUUUGAGUGAAUUUUUAUUAUAACUAGUUCUAUCCAAUUAUGUUAACUUAAUGAAACCUAACUCAAACUCAAUAAUUAAUGAAGUUUAUUUAGUAUCAAUUCUUAAAUUGAAAUCGCUAGAAGAGAUGCGACAGAAAACUAACCUAGUUUAAGUUUGUAGUUCGUUUUUCUAGCGUCUUGAAACCUACCGACUUUGAUGAAAAGAAAUUUCAAGUUCCAUUGCAAAGAGGUUCACAGGGGACUGAGUUUAGAUUUGUUUGCGAUACCUCCUUGGAGUUUACGCGAUUAUAAUUCGUAACUGUACCAAACGAAACAAUAGAACACACAAAAAAAGUUAUUAUAAUAAAAAACAAUUAUUAUUAGGCACACAAACGCUAAAUAUGGUCUGGUGAUUUAUAAAAAUUUAAUAUUCGAGUUGAAUAUUCAGUCCAAUAGAUUAAGAUACUUGCGUUUUUGUAGUUAAAAUAUCUGAUUAUCACGUGUUUGUUUUUUUUAGCUUUCGCGAAACGUUUUUUUUUAAGCGGUAUUUUUAUACGCAUCCUAUUUGAGAUCACGCCAAUAGUUUACGCAUAUGUAUUGUGUUCGUAAAUGGUUUACAUAUUUUUCUACUUAUUUAUAAUGUUAAUGCAAUAUAAAAAUAUUGAUAUUAAUCGUGUAACGAUUCAAUCGCCUUCAUGUGUGUAUGGGUAUAAUUACAUCUGAAUUUGUGUUUACAGUGUUUUUAUGUUAGUGAUAAGCAAUAAAAAUUCCGAAACCAAAAUUUUACUUGUGUUUUCGUUCUAAAACUUUCGUGGGAUAUUUGCAUUUUCUUUUUUUAAUCUAAGUUUUCUAUCACAACUGAGGAAAUAAAUUAAAAAAGGCAAGUGGUAUUGGGAAAUUUUGCGCUACAUUAACGCUUUUUUACUGCGUAUGUGUUCGUAGUAUUAUAUGUACAACUGGCUCUGGCAUGUGUAUCGGAAAUGUGUGCACGUGUAUUAGAAAAUUCGUUCCAGUUUAUUGUCAUGGCUUACAUCCUAAGCGUUCUUUUGCAUACGACCAGCAUUUUCCGCAUACGAAUUAAUUUGUUUUGACGAUGAAAAACAAGGCUGUUUCUAUAUAAAACCUUCUGAAAUGUAGUAUGUUCUAUUUUCAUUUACCAAAACUCGACAUGUUUUGUGAAGAUAACAUUAUUGAAUGUGAAAAUAAAAGCAAAAAAAAGAGAUAUGAAAAUCGGACUUUUUUUGUUAGGUAUACGAAAUUUUAAGUUAUAAUUAAACUACUGGUUGUAUGAAAAUUAUUUUACAUCGACGCCAGAUGUUUUGACCUUUGAUUUACAAUGUAAAAGGUGAGUUUAAAGAGGAAACCUAGGCAAAUGCGAACGAGAAAAGAAUUGAUGCUGGUGAGUAUUUUUUUUGUGGAGAGGGAGUGUUGUUGCUUUUAAAGCUCAAAACCUUUUGCACGACCUUACAUAGCUUGUUGUGUACUAUUUUUCAAAUCUAAACUUCCCAUUAGAGCUUCCCAGAGUGUGUGCUAUUGCUAUAGCUACGCAAAACAAUUGGUGUAA